GCAGUUUGGCGCCCGCCUAACUAAGCGGCUUCCCGCGAACGGACCGGAAAUAAGGUGAUGAUUCCGUCUCUCGCCCGCCCGGCACGCGCCCGCAAACUCCAUCUUUUACGCUUUGUAGACGAAGGGCGUCCGUCGGGCUCGGCCGACCUGCCAUGAUGACUCCUUAUUUUAAGCCACUCCUCCUUACCCACCCCGUCCGCUUCAUCCGAGUGCGAGGAGGAGAAAAGGCGACAGUGAAAUAUACACCGUCGAACGCAUUCUCUCCCGCGAAAUCCAUGGCUGUGCAUCGACGGAGAUUGUUUUGUUUAGAAUAGGCUGAGUCCAUGACGAUGAUGGACGGCCUCGAGUCGCGACGCAUCGAUGGCGUCACCGGCGACAACGAGCACAACCUUCACCACAACCACCACGCGCCGCCGCCACACCACGCGCCCAACGGCGACGGCGGCGGCGGUGGCGGCGACAUGGAGCUGCAGCCGCGGCUCUCGUCCACGAGCACCACCGCGACCGUCCGCCGCUCGCUGCACCGCACCCGGUCGCAGAACGGCUACGGCGUGUCGGACGGGCCCAGCAGCGACAGCGAUGGCCAAGGCGAAGCAGCAGCGUCAGCAGCGGCAGCGGCAGCAGCAAGUGAAAACAGCGGAGGCGGACGCCCUGGCAGCGAAAAGGAUCCCUUCGAGGUCGGUUGGGACAAUGGAGAUGAGGACCCCCUCUGCCCGCGGAGCUUCAGCAAGGCGCGCAAGUGGCUCAUUCUCUUCAUCGUCUCGCACGUCAGCCUAUGCGUCACCUGCGCCAGCUCCAUCUACACGUCCACGUACGCCCAGAUGGAGGCCGAGUUUGGCAACUCGCGCAUCGUCUCCGUCCUGGGCCUGUCGACCUUCGUCCUGGGCCUCAGCUGCGGGCCCAUGCUCCUCAGCCCCCUGAGCGAGUUCUUCGGCCGCCGCCCCAUCUACCUCGUCGCCUGGUCCAUGUACCUCGUCUGGCUCGUGCCCCAGGCCGUCGCCCGCGGCGGCCAUGCCAUCGCCACCGUCGUCGUCUUCCGCUUCCUCGACGGCUUCUCCGGGAGCGCCUUCCUCGCCGUCUCGGGCGGCACCGUCAGCGACCUCUUUGACAGGCACGAGCUCCAGGGCCCCAUGGCCCUCUUCUCCGUCUCCCCCUUUGUCGGCCCCGGCCUCGGCCCCUUGCUCGGCGGCUUCAUCAACUACAAUGUCGAUUGGCGCUGGACCUACUACGUGUUGCUCAUCUGGUCCUUUGCUCUCUUGCUGGCCAUUGUCUUUCUCGUUCCCGAGACAUACCACCCCAUCCUUCUCAGGAACAAGGCACGCGCGCUCCGGAAGCAGACCGGUGACGACAGGUGGACCGCACCGUCGGAGCGCGUCAAGAAGUCGGUCGCCCACGCCGUCGGCCUCUCCCUGCUGCGGCCCUUUCAGCUCCUCCUUUUCGAGCCCAUGUGCCUCAACCUGUGCCUCUUCUCGGCAAUCCUGCUCGGCAUCCUCUAUCUCUUCUUCGGCGCCUUUCCCCUCGUCUUCGGCAACAAUCACGGCUUCAACAUCUGGCAGACGGGCCUCGCCUUCCUUGGCAUCAUGGUCUCCAUGUUCCUGGGCGCCGCGACCGGUCCCUUGUGGCACCGCAUCCGCGCCCGCCUCAUUCGCAAGUACGAGCGCGAGACGGGGGUCAGCGGCGCCAGCGAGCCAGAGUUUCGCCUCCCGCCCGCCAUCUUGGGCUCCGUGCUGGCCCCUACCGGCCUCUUCAUGUUUGGCUGGUCCACCUAUCCGUGGGUGCACUGGAUCGUCCCCAUCAUUGGGUCUGCCGUCUUUGGAAUGGGAAACAUGCUCUUAUUCAUGGGCAUCUUUACCUUUCUGGUCGACGCGUACCCUCUGUACGCAGCAAGCGCACUCGCUGCCAACACAUUCGUUCGUUGCCUGUUUGCCGCGGCGUUUCCUCUGUUCGGGGAACAAAUGUACGAAAAGCUGGGUUAUCAGUGGGCGUCGUCUCUGCUGGCCUUUCUCACCGUGGCCAUGCUCCCCUUUCCGUACAUCUUCUUUCGGCACGGCAAGCAGAUUCGGCGUAAGAGCCGUUUUGCCAAAAGCUAGACUACUACUAGUACUAGACGCAUCAUGACGAUUUAGGGGGAGAUUGGGCAGAUGCGGUUUUGGACAACCCUUGGAGCCCACUGCGGUGUAGACCUACGAUGAAACAUUGUCUCAGUUGCAGGGUUCGCGGCGCCGGGGCGCGUGGUCGAGCAUGACAUGAACGCCCGUCGACGGCAGUUCGUCGUUGGUCGGUCAGCAACGCCAGACGACUGAAACAGCUAUGACGGCUGCCACUUGUAUAAGCCGAGAGAGAGAUGAGGCCGGAGAGAGAGGCGCGUCUCGGAAUAUUACUACUACUCCAAGUGCACAAUGCAGCGGAAUCACACAUCACGCAGAUAGGCUGACUGCGGACGUGCCUGUUCAGACUCGAGAAGGCCUGCUCGGACUACUGAGCCUGUGCCGUGCGGCCUGCUGCCUGGCCCCCCUGCGCGACGAGCCAUGCAAGGCGUCUGAGCAUCUGGCGACGGCGAGACGCGAGCACCUCUGGGUGGCCGUCGGUCACACGACACCAAGAUGGGCGCCUCGGCUCAUCAUUCCCCCACGCCAUGGCCUGACAAACAAGCCGUUUGCGUGCGCCUGAUCUGUGACGAGGAGAGGCAGCGACGGUGCUGAUGGGAAGUCGGUGUAGCUCAGGCCGGGGGCAGGCACGUCUUACCACUCGGUGCGUCGGAGCAGCAGCAGCACAUCACUCGCAUGCCUUGGUUUAUGGACGACGGGUCGACCAGAUGCGAUCCUCGACACCCACCCCUAUGCCUGUCGUAGCAACGGAGCACAACAUAUCUACUGCAGCUUAGAGCAGACUGGGGCAGCAGGGCAUGAAUGGCCUCGGCGAGGGGGGGUUGGUAACUUUUUGGCACAGCUGGAACUGACUGGGACGGACGCCUCGCAGGAGGCGCUCUCUCAUUAGCAAAUUUCUUUCAUUUCAUGUGUCCCCCAGCAGUGGGUGGCAGGUACACCGAACCAGCAGGCAUGCUGCUGCAUUGGACAGGGGGCUCAAAGUCAGGGUCAGGGAUAUGCGCUGCUGCCUCACAUGCCAGAGGGCAGCAAAACACGCGCGCAGCAUGUGGCCGUGUGCGAAUGGCUCACGACGGUCAACAUCACCACCAUGACGAUCCGAGCUGCGAUGCAACCACGGGACCCAAGAUGGAUCGGCACAAGAGCGAUGCGCGCCUCUUCUGUCGCAUAGGCGAGCACAAACAUGUGGGCAUCGCUGUAGGUCUCUCGGCGCAUGCGAUACUGGAUGUAUGUAGGUACUAUGUAAGUAGGUAAGUAUGUAUCGUAGGUGGGCAGGUAGCAGUGAUAAUUGCACUACCACUACGUUAUUGAUGGGAUCUGCGUGGAGCGGGCCGGAGGAGAUGAUGGAGGCGUGCGGCCAGAUUAGAUGGCGUCGGCAGCACCCAGCAGCGGACGCAUGCGUGCUCGGACUUGGUGCUCUCGAGCGUGGGGUGCGGGGUGGGGAGGAGGCGGCUGGAAAGCAUGGGGAAGACGUUCGGCUCGGUUCUCGGUUAUUUCCAGCCCCAUACUGGUACUACUAGCGUAGUAGGUAUUGGCGCUCGACGGGCCGUUGUGCGCGUAUGCGAGGUGGGCGGGCGUGACUCGAAGGGCUGGAUGCUGACCAGUGAUGGUGGUGAUGGUGGUGGUGGUGGUUGGAG